AUCCAAAACCCUACAAGCUACUUAGUAUUGUUACAUAUAUGUGCUGUUGUUACACGUCUGAAAAAACAAACAUAUUUACUUUAAAUACAUCCCCAACUCACUUUAUUUCAUGUUUAUUUAUCAAAAAUAGAAUCUGCACUUAUUGCAUAUGCAUACUUCUUUACCUAUAUUGGUUGUUAAUAUUACAAAACACUGAAACGGAGUGUUUAUAUGUCUUUUUCACGCUGAAGAGAGCAGCAGCAGAGGGCUGCCCUCACUAAAGAUGGCGGCCUGCUCUCCGCCCCGCGAGUGAAGCCGCUCUGCCAGCAGUGUGUUUGACCUCUGACCCCCCGAGUGUGCCAGUCCUCCGCCAUAUUGACUGUUGUCUUGACUGGAGGAGAUAGAGAACAUUUUCGAGGUCCGAGAAGAAACGAAAGUGUGCUCUGCAUAAACCAUCGAAACUGGUGCAAACUUGAGCUAAAGCGUGUGUUUUUCUUUUUAAACAAACACCGUCAUGGCGAGGAAGAAGAGCAAGCAGCAGAAGGAGCUGGCGACCGCCCCGAAGAGCCCCGUCCCUCCCGGCGAUGCAGCUGACGGCGGCGGCGGAGAUGCUGGUGUGGAUCGGCUGGCUGCUACCAGGGCGAACCAGCCUAUGCACACCUGCUGCCUCCUGUGCCACAGAGAAUUUAAGGACUGGGGAGCAGGCUCAGUGAACGGACUCCCUGGUGGCCAUGGGACCAAGCUGGCUGAUGCUGUGCCUGCACUCUCCCAGGCCUUAUUGCGGGAGGCGCCGGGUAAGCUUGCUGAUGCAGUGCCCUCGCUGUCUCAGUCUCUGCUGGGAGAGGUGCCUCUGUGGAUAUGUCAGAGCUGCUGCAAAAGUGUGGAAGAGGAGGAGAGGCGGAGCACCCAGGAGCAACCCACGCCGGUACCAUUGUCACACUCUUCCUCCUGUAAAUCCCAGAGCUGUGGGAACGGUUACCCAGAGCAAAGUACUGUGGAUUGGGACCCGAGUUCCUUCCUGUCAGCCCACAAACUGUCAGGUCUCUGGAACUCUGCCCACACCAACGGAGGGGAACACUGCAACCACAACACUUCUUCACACUCACAACAAGGUAUAACAGCAGGAUCAGCCUGUCAUGAGAAAAGAGGACUUCAUGAAGCGCCUGGGAAAUCUGCUAAAACGUCGGGGGCUAAAGUCUGUCCCUACAGUCACCCGUCAUCCCAAAACUCCAGUGGAUCUUCUGCUGGGAACCCCCUGUCUACCUCAGCAGACCUUUGUAAGACCACUCCCAAGCACUUCAAGACCAUGUGCCGUCGACCAACGCCUCCAGGUGAAGCCUUUCACCCAAGUGACCACCAUCAACACACGGAUCUGUCGGUUCCCCCCAACAGUCCCACCGGCCUGUCUUCCCAGCAUUCCUCCCUCCUGCCCCCAAAGCUGAACUCUGGGCAGCACGGCCACGUAACGUCCUCGUCUGGCACUGGUGUGGCAGCCCACGCUCCCUUCUCCCCUCUGGUACCAAACCUCCACGGCCCCACAGCCAAACUAAACUCACCCAGUCCAGACAGCCCAACAUCUGUCCAUAAGCCCAGCCCGUGCAAAAACUCCCACAUUCCUGCCGUGAACACACAACACAGCAAACUGGGUACGUCUAUUAUGGGCUGUAACCACCCUUGUAAUGGACACAGUGCGGGGACAGUGGCCCCUUCGAAUGUGGGCCAUCUGACAGCUGGGGCCUGCAGGGACCAAGCAUGUAAGGGGCACAAAAUGACUAACGGGGCGUUGUGCCACCCUUCGUCUGAGCUGGAGGAGGGGGAGGAUGAAGACAGCAGCUCUGAGAGGAGCUCCUGUGCCUCCUCUUCCACCAACCAGAAGGACGGGAAGUACUGCGACUGCUGCUACUGCGAGUUCUUUGGACACAACGCGCCUCCAGCUGCACCAACCAGCCGUAACUAUGCUGAGAUCCGAGAGAAGCUCCGCUCACGCCUGACCCGGCGUAAAGAGGAGCUGCCUCAGCGUCAAGACUCAGAACUGACAGUGGCUGGUGCCAUCGACAACCGGGACGUAGACGAGCUGCUGGACUUCAUAAACAGUUCUGAGCCCAAACCCGUCAACAGUGCCAAGGCUGCCAAAAGGGCCCGACACAAACAAAAGAAGAAGGAAAAAGCUCAGCAGGGCAUAGGUGCUGCAGGCAGUGACCCCCACUCCAAUCCAUGCGAGCCUGCCGACGACGACGAGCCCAUCCCUGAUGGUUCAGAAGCCAGUCGGUUGCUUGAUUGGCCUCAGCUGGAGCUUGAGCGUGUCAACAGUUUCCUCACCAGUCGGCUCGAAGAGAUUAAGAACACCAUCAAAGACUCAAUCCGGGCCUCAUUCAGCAUGUACGACCUCAAUCUGGAUGUUAAUGACUUCCCAAAGAAGGCGGCCACGUUGGAGGGCAACCAUUUACUGUCGCAUCUCAAUGGUUCCUCUGACCUGCAGCAGAUAGACCUUGACUUGGCCCCUCUUUCACUGGGAACCUUUAAGAGCCAUCUGGACCUGGUUAACGGAUGGGAGGACACAACCACAGUCUCCUCCCCUAACACCGCCACCACCACUUCCACGGCAUCAGGGGUCACUGCUGGAACCAAGGACAUCCAACGGUUGCACACUACCCCCAGUCUCUCAAAGCUCAUAAGGGUUCGGUCCCCAGAAAGAUGCACUUCCACUGGAUCUGACAGUUUGCCACAGGUGCCAGCUCAAGCUACGGCUAAAUCGAAUGAGGAUGCCCCUGAUCCCAAGAACACAACAGUUGGGAACGCUGGUGCAAAGUCAAAGAAGAAUAAAAAGCAGCAGCAAAGACAGGAGCAAUUUGUGUCAGAGCAAAACUCCAACAAUCCAACCAAAGCUGCCUCCGGGAAUGACACGCAGAGAAGCAAUGAGUGUAAAGAAACGGCUUCUAACGGCUCAAAAGCUGGGAACAAACAGCCCCAUCAUUCUGCAGACAACCAGAGAAAUGGGCCCAAGAGGGCCGAGGAGGGCAGAUUGUCUAAACAUGUGGCAAAUGGUGGCCUCUCGAAUGCACAAAGAGGGAAAGGUGACACAGAAACACGAGGAGGUCGGUCUGAGCAGGAUUUGGAAAGCAAAGCUCACCCCACCAUUCCAGCAAAUGGGCAGCAACAGCAGCAAGCCAAGGGGAAAAAUAAGAAGAACAAGAACAAGGGUGAAAAAUCCAGCAGUGCUAUUGAUGAUGUAUUUCUCCCUAAAGAUGUCGAUCCGACAGAAUUGGAUGAGAUUGAUCGGGAAGUGGAAUACUUCAAAAGGUUUUGCCUUGAUUCUGCAAAACAAACCCGCCAGAAGGUAGCAGUAAAUUGGUCCAACUUCAGCCUCAAAAAGGUUCCUUCCAAUGCAGCUCAAUAACUUGGAUGAGUGCCAGAAAAAAACUUCACACCACAAACUCUUUCAGUAGAGCCCCAUUUGGCCCGAGGCCUUCUCUCAUUCCCUGUUUUCUUCUCUUCCUUACUAAGCCAAGGGACCCUGGUUCAAAAUCAUAUUUUCCAUUCGGAGGACUGAAACAUAACUUGUGGCUGACAAGCCAGGGAUCAUCCUCAAGGCCAACUGUACCCUUUGCUAUUAUUGCAAUGUUCACUAAAUGAGAGAUGCAAAAAUGGAAAAAAGUCUGUUGAAUCCACUGCAUCCAUGUGCUUACGUAUGUAGUAUGUAAACAAUUACCUUACAUGAAAUAAAUGUUUUUAUCACAAAUCUGAGACAUUUUAACGUUGUUAAACUUCUGAAUUCCAAUCAGUUCAAUUUGGUGCUCAUCAUACAUAACAUUCUGUAUCGCUAGUUUCAAGCUCAUUACACCAGUCACAGUAGACACUAGAGACCAUUUGUCUUAUACUGUACGACUGUAAGACAACAUUUUGACUUAAUAGGGACAACGGUGGCAACAAAUGCAUCUAUUUUACUCAAAAACAGACUGCAGUGCAUUCGGUGGUCUCCCAAUAUUUAAUUAUGAUCAUCAAACAUUUUAGUAAUUAGUUGUCCAAAAUGAAAUUAUAUACAAUUGGUUACCCACCUGCUACACCUUUUUAUAUGAAUUUUCUUUCUUCUUUUUUUUGAAAACAACAUGAAUGUUUGACAGUUCAGUACACCAACAACGCUAAUAGACAAUUUCAAUUUGCUGUCUCACGGGAUGCAUCUUAGAAAAUAUAAUUCCCAUUAGGUACCAAUGCAAAAAAACGUCCACACGCAUGAGGUGUUGAACAAAAACGUCUAAAUACUGUCCCCCCAGUCCUGCAUUGGGCGAAGUUAAAUGUGUCUGUUGCUUCAUUGUCAAUCCUCCCUUGGUGUCAUUCUUGAACAAUUAGAUAUUUUUUAUAGUGAUAUCCAAUAUACACUAUGCCAUCUGUAAAACAAGGUCAUUUCUCAAUCUUAACUGUUAUAUUAACCUUUAUAUCCCAGCAGUGACAGGUACACCGGUGUGCAAUGUUCAUUUUAACGAUGGAACCAUCACACAUUGUUUGGCACAGUUAAUUUCAAUGCUUGUACAUAUUGAGUGAUUAUUUAGGGCCCUUUUGAGCCUUUUCAUGCGUUACUCGGGGUUGUGUGUGUGUGAGAUAUAUUUUCAACCAUACUAUUUUCCCUGUACUGUGACCUUGGUGGCACCCUGUAAAUCAGCCAGCCUAUCUGAGUCCAAGUCUUGAUAAUCUUUUGAGGAAAAUGAUCACUGAAGACUUGAUACCUUUGGGACAAGGGCCUUGGGAUUUACCCCAGUAACCAUGUUUUUAGCUGAUGGCUUUCAUUGAGGUGGAUCAUUUCUUUCCUGAACCUGUGCUGAGAUUUUGUUUUCAUAUAACAUCUCUGAUGCUUUCCAGGUUAUAUUCAAUUAGAGAAGAUUAUCUUAAUGUGUCGAAUGUAGAUUUAUACUAUAUCAAUAAUAGCCAAGUGUAUGUUGGCUUGUUUCUUUUUUUUUUUUUAAUUCACUUUUUAUACUGUGAAAAA